CCUCUCUCUCUCUCUAGAACCCUCCUUUCUCUCUCUAGAUCCAACUUCCUCCUCGUUUUAGGAGUCCUUAUCCUGCUUGUUUUUGUUUACAAAAACAAUAUAUAUAAAUAUAUAUUUUGUUAUAUUAUUAAAAAAAAAAGAGUAUUUAAAUAUAGGAAGAAAAAUAAGCAACAUUCGCUUCAAACGUGGAUUUUUAGGGCCUUUUUGAGUUGAAAAGCUACGGUAUUUGAAUGUGUUCAAAAUUUCUUCACCUAAAGGGUAUCAGUAAUCUCAAUUUCUUGAAAUUAUCUCAACCAACACGGUAGCUUCAGGCUGUUAUUUCCAGAAAACAACUGCUGAUCCCAAAUCACUGCAACAACACUGUGAGCAAGUGAAGAUUAAACUGUCCUGCAGAUAUCGAAAUUGGAUUGAUUAUCGAGAAUUUGAUACGAGCUCCAGAGCAAAAAUUGAUUGUGAAAAAGAGCAUGAAGGAUCACUCGUCCAAGAACAUGCACAAAAAUGACAACAGUCUUGGGUCCUCAGCCAGCCCUCGAAGUCGGGAGAUAUUGGCUAGAUGGAAUCCUGUUGGAGCAUGCAGGCCUGUCAUUGAUGAAGCUCCUGUUUUUUACCCGACUAUUGAGGAGUUUCAAGAUACACUCGGUUACAUAGCAAAGAUACGCCCCAAAGCAGAAGCGUAUGGUAUAUGUAGAAUUGUACCUCCUCCUUCCUGGAUUCCACCUUGCCCUCUUAAAGACAAGAAUAUAUGGGAAAAUGCUAAAUUUUCUACACGAGUUCAGCAAGUUGACUUGCUUCAAAAUAGAGAGCCCAUGAAGAAAAAAAGAGGCCGGAAGAGAAAACGAAGGGGGCAUUCAAAGAUGGGAACUACUAGGAGUCGUCGUAGUUCUGAAGGAUCCGAAUUGAACGCCACUUCUGACACUGAUGAGAAGUUUGGUUUCCAGUCAGGAUCAGACUUUACAUUUGAAGAGUUUCAGAAAUUUGCCAAAGAUUUCAAGGAGUGUUAUUUUGGGAUGAAGGAUGCAAUAGAGGGAAGAAGUGCUGAUGGGACUGAACAGAAUGAGAGCUGGGAACCCUCAGUUGAGGAAAUAGAAGGCGAGUACUGGCGGAUUGUUGAGCGGCCAACAGAUGAGGUUGAGGUAUAUUAUGGAGCUGAUCUGGAAACUGGAGCAUUUGCUAGUGGGUUCCCCAAGGCAUUGUCUUUUCUAUCCAAAAAUGAAUCAAAUCAGUAUAUGGUUUCAGGUUGGAAUUUGAAUAACUUUCCACGCUUGCCUGGUUCUGUACUAUGUUUUGAAGAAUGCGAUAUCUCGGGAGUUCUAGUGCCAUGGCUCUAUGUGGGGAUGUGCUUUUCAUCAUUUUGCUGGCAUGUUGAGGACCACCACCUCUACUCGCUAAACUAUCUACACUGGGGUGAUCCAAAGAUUUGGUAUGGAAUACCUGGAAGCCGUGCUUCUGAGUUGGAGACUGCCAUGAGAAAGCACCUACCGGAUUUGUUUAAGGAGCAACCUGAUUUACUUCAUGAACUAGUAACUCAGCUGUCUCCUUCGGUUUUGAAGUCUGAUGGUGUACCCGUGUAUAGAACUGUCCAGCAUUCUGGGGAGUUUGUUCUUACCUUUCCAAGGGCAUACCAUUCUGGAUUUAAUUGUGGCUUCAAUUGUGCGGAGGCCGUGAAUGUGGCCCCCGUUGAUUGGUUAGAACAUGGGCAAAGUGCAGUUGAGCUCUACAGUCAGCAACGGCGCAAGACAUCACUGUCUCAUGACAAGUUGCUAUUAGGGUCAGCGAGGGAAGCUGUCCGAGCCCUUUGGGAGCUUUCAGUUCUCAAAGGCGAGACUCCGAGAAAUUUGAGUUGGAAAAGUGUCUGUGGAAAAGAUGGGAUACUUACCAAGGCAGUUGAGAAAAGGGUUCUCAUAGAAGAGGAGAGAAUGCAUCAGCUUCCGACCCAGUUUCAGUUUCUAAAGAUGGAAAUAGAUUUUGAUGUAAAAAGUGAGCGAGAAUGUUUUUCAUGUUUUUAUGACUUGCACCUUUCUGCUGCCUGCUGCAAGUGCUCCCCAGACAGGUUUGCGUGUCUUAAACAUGCAAACUUGUUAUGUUCCUGUGAGUUGGACAAUAGAUUUGUCCUUCUUCGUUACAGCAUGGAUGAAUUAAAAACACUGGUUGAAGCGUUGGAGUUGAAAUUGGAUGCUAUAAAAGCAUGGGCAUCAGAAUCAGCUUCUGUAAAUGGAAAAGAUAGAUCUUCUGCUGAGCUUGAUGUGGAGAGAAAGACAUCUGGAAGUAAUGGUCUAAAGAAAAAGGAAGAUCCAUCUUGUUCCCCGGCAAACAAAGAUAUUGAUAUAAACGACCCUUGCAGUUCGUGUUAUUUUCAUGUUUCUUCUGAAGUAGCUCCUUCGAACACUGAGCAAACAACUUUCAAUUUAUUUGAAUCACAGAGCAUGGUAGGUGAGCAUAAUCGAGAAGCUCCUCUUAUAACCGAUGAAGAUCAGGUAGCACAGGAAUGCUGUUUUGAUUUGAAUGUAGGAGACGUGACUGAUGAACAAGCAAGUGGUUUGCAGCAAAUAUCUGAUAGCUGUGAUAAUUAUGGCACAAAUCCACAGAAAGGAUUAGAUACAAUGCGACUCGGUAGUGAUUCCGAUUCCUCCGUUUCACACAUUAUUUCAAACAAAGAUCGUCCUUCAUGUUCGGGGAAUGCAGGGAAUUCAUGGGCAUCUGAUGGUGGUAAGUUGUUUGGGGUUGAUCUUUCAUUUUCCCAUUCACAUUCAAAUGGUCCGUUGAGCUUCUUGUUAAAAUCCGAAACAGUAGAUCACUCGGACAUGAGCAGAGAAGGUUGUUUGAUACAGAAGUUGAGAUUUUGUGUUGAUCCUAUAAUUCACGGAACGCUAAUGGUUGGAAAGCUGUGGUGCAACAAGCAGGCCAUCUUCCCAAAAGGAUUCAGAAGCCAGGUGAAGUUCUUUGAUGUGCUCAAUCCAAACAAAAUGAGUAGCUAUAUAUCAGAAAUACAAGAUGGUGGGCUCCUUGGGCCUUUGUUCAAGGUUACCUUAGAGGAGUGUCCAAGUGAGAGCUUUGUAAAUAUUUCAGCAGAGAAGUGUUGGGAAAUGGUGUUGGAAAGGCUAAAUCAAGAAAUCGAAAGGCAGAGCAAUUUAGGAAAGCAGGGACUGCCACCCGUACAGCCUUCAGAAAGCAUUAAUGGGCUUGAAAUGUUUGGGUUUCUCUCACCACCCAUUGUUCAGGCUAUUGAGGCUCUUGAUCCGAAUCAUAAAUGCACAGAGUACUGGAACCACCGGCUUUCAUUCAAGGAGCCUGAAGUGCCAAAAAGCUCAAGCGAAGAGAAUUACACCAAUAAGUACCCUUCUGGAUCAAGUCAAUCUGCAGGGGAAAUGGAAACAAAACUUUUUGGUUUCGAUUUGACAAAGCAAGAGCAAGAUAAUUUAGCAGUAGGUAACAGUAAUCAUUCAGUUCAUGAUGAGUUGCAAUCUGUACUGCAAAGAUUAUUGAAGAAAGCAAAUCCCGAAGAAUUGAAAAUGAUGCAUAGAAUAUUGUGCAGUGAGUCAAGAAGCCCCGAAUGGAGAGUGGCACUCGCAACAUUGACUGAGGCGAUCCAGAGAACUUGUAAAUAACGCCCAACCAUUCUUUGACAAUUCAGGUAGCCUCUUACAUGUAGUCAAUUUAUUAGUCUCAUUCUUUCAAAAUUCUGGAUAAUGGAUAGAGAUCCUGAUUCUGGGUCAUGCACAAAAUAUUUGCGUGCUUGCACAUGAUGCUGAUUUUUGAUCUUGAUUAAUAGAUAGUGGUGUUAACUUAUUGUAGCAAUGACUUUUUGUACAUUAUAAUUUUUUAUCGAGACCAUUUGAAAUAUACAUGCCAGUUUUGUUUUGA